GUUGGUUCCAUGACGUCACCUUCAAUAGUGAGAGACCAAGAUGGCGGCCACCGAGUGGUUUGUCACCCAAGAGGGGUGUCUGACGUGUGGGGAGGGGGUUUCAGGCGUGUCCUACCACCCCACCCUCAACACGAUACUGGUGGCAACGAAAACAGGAGUUGAAGUUAUUGAUGUCAACUCUGGGGCGGUUCUAACUAAGUCAGAUCUCGGAGCUCGCCCUGGCAGCAGGUUAAGAUGUGAGUACCUCCCCCUGGCUGAAAAGGUGCUAAUGUCGGACGGAUUCGCCAUUGGUAUGAGAAAAGACCUGAACGGUGUGCUGCUUCUUGACACGGCACUUCAGACACUUGUGGAUAAGACAGAGGACACUGUCAAGGUCGAGCUACCCUUGUCUGAGGCGACUCAGCUGUUGGCGAGUCUGGAGAGUGUGGAUAUGCGAGGGGUAGACUACGUGCCAGAGGUGAAAAAGGAGUUGAGGUCGGCGGUGGAUAAAUGCCAGCAGGCUGCCCCGAAGAAGAAGAAUAAAAAGGCAAAGGUGAGGCGAAAGUUUCCCUCACAGAGGUGUACUUUCCCUGACAAGACAUGCAAGGAGCGAGCCUGGGCAUGUGUGAGUCUGGAGCUGCCCCACUGUGCUCUGAAGUCAGUCUACAGCGGCUUGGUGAAUGAGAGAAAGCGGACCAACCUGGGUCCUGCCCUGCCCAUAGCCUCUGCUAUUGUGGAGAGGCUGUCUUCCCUGUUAGCCGCAGGGAGCUCUGAGGGUGCUACAGCAGGGGUGGUGGACAGGGCCCUCAUGUACAGCGAGGCUGCCAGAAGAGAAACAUUCAAGAACUGGCCACACAUGAACUACAGAUGGGCCCUGCCAGACGCCAUGGCACAGGCCGGGUUCUACCACCAGCCCACCUCCAGCCGGGACGACCGUGCCAUGUGCUUCACCUGCAGCGUCUGUCUGGUCUGCUGGGAGCCCACAGACGAACCCUGGUCUGAGCAUGAACGCCAUUCCCCAAACUGCCCCUUUGUUAAGGGAGAGCACACACAGAAUGUGCCAAUGUCGGUCACCUUGGCAACAAGCCCCGCCCUGUCCCACAGUGACUGCAGUGAAGAGAUCUGUGCAGUCAGUAACUCCUCCUGUCCAAGUCUGCUGGCCACAGCUACCAUGCAUGGGAACAUCUGUGUGUGGAAUGUGGCGCGGCAGUUGAAGAUGGCCCUGCAGUUUACCGUGGACCCCAAGCAGACGUUCGUCACCCAGACCCUGUCAGCCAGCCAGGUUCAGAGACGCAAGAUCCUGGAGGCCUGGGUGCACAAACCUGGGGAAGACAAGGGCACAAGCUCUGGUGCUAACAGUGACCAACAGGUGGCCUCCAAGUCAACAUCAGCCACAGUACCUGGGUCAUCCGCGGGCCGAAUAUCACCUAGCGACCUGCAGAUAGACGAAGCCAGCACAGAGCCAUCCAUGGACACCAAUGGGAACGGGCCUCACCCUGGACAGGAGAACCAGGGGGCCGAGGCUCCUUCCCAGGGCACUGAGGGCGGACAGGUUAAGAGCAGCGAGACCAGACAUAGCCAGAGUGACAUCAUGGAAAUCGAUCUGGACACGGGAGCCUCUUUCCCCCUCGUCACACCUAGUAAGUUAGUGCACUUCCACCCAGACGACAUCCAUGUCACAGCCCUCUGUGUUGUUCAAGCCCCUGACGACUCCCCCACCCCGGAAUCUCCAGUUCCCCAGCAACUCAACAACCUAAGUGACCCGAGUCUGGACACCAAAGAGAAAGACUCGGACAAAAGACCUGUCAGCUUGAUAUCAGGUCUUUCUCUGUGGAAGUCUAGUGUUGUUCAAGAUUUGAACCGAAAAAAUGCAGCAUUACAACGAAGAACUCCACAUGAAGUAGCCAGCAAGGUUGACUUGAAGGUAGAGAAAGUUGUUGGUUUGCCAGAAGAAGAGUCAAGUUGUCUAUACCUCUUGGUGCAUGACAUAUCAGGGAUUGAUGAAGAGAACUUCAGGCCAAGGAAAAACUCUGGUCCUAGUAGUAGUAGUGGUAGCAAAGGAUCCUCCCUGUACCAGAGUUUAGCACAGGACUUCUUCGUGUCCCAGAUUUCUGAGUUUGAAGACCCCAUCUUGCUUGAUGACCCGAUAGAAGAAGGUACCGUUGUAGGUGAGGUCAUCAUGGAGACGCCAUCCCCUGUGGCGAUGGUGGCCAGUCCAAGUACUCCACAGGGAGAUGUUCCGGAUGGGAAAACUCCAUCUAUAAAACCAGGGAGCAUGGUGCAAUGCAUUGAGCUGCCUAUCAAGAAGGAGGGGAGAUUUAAGAUCAGCGCCAUCCUCCCUCUUGUGGAUGGCAAGCACAUAGUUGUCGUUGUCACAGCAACAGAAGCUCAGAGGGUGAGACGGGCAAACUCUUCCAGCAAGGUGACAACGGAGGAUGUGGAGAUGAAGGAGGCGGAGGGUCCGGAGGAAAGUCAGAAGGAAGCACACGGUGCAGAAGCCAUGGAUAGCUGUGAUGUAAAGGCAGCCCAACAUCCUGAAGGUGCUAGUGCUAAACCAGGAGAAGAUGCUGCCUCUGUUCAGGAGGAGGCCAAGCCAAAGGAGGUGUUUGGCUACUUGCUGCUGUAUGAACUGUUCUUCACACAGGAGUUGGUGACUGUGGUGGGGAAUCCCGUGGCGGUGCACACGUUGCGGAACCUGCGGGACGUGCUCACGUUCGUGUCGGUCCUGCCGCAGGACUUCCUGGACCUCCACGGGGAGGACAGCGAGAGUAACUCAGCAUCAGAGGAUGAGGAUGAUGAGGGAGCAACAGAACAUCAACCCAGGAGAGAGAGGAAAAUCAGGGGUCUAGGUCAGCUUGCUGCUACAACACAGGAUGGGCGUGUGUGUCUGUUUGAUGCCGGGACCUUCCAGCCCCUGGCAGAGUUCAAGCCACAGGAGGGAGAGAAGUUUGUACAUGUGACUCACUGCUCAGGGUCUGGUCAGCUGUGUGCUGCCACCUACACCGGGAAGCUACACUUCCUGAAGGUAUCCCACACGAGAGACAGACCAGCGGAGGUACCCCAGCAGGGUGUGGUGGAGGUAGACUCUGUACCAGAGGAGACCACGGUAGAGAACUCAGGGGUGAUACCAUCACAGCCCCCUGCUCCCACUACUAUGGACACCUCACCACCCCCAGCAAAAGGUCAGGCAGAUGACCUGCUCCUGUACCAGCCCCUGACCGCCGAGUCCCUGUCGUCCCUGCGAGAGCUGGUGAAGUUCCGCACGCUGGUGCCGCGCUUCACGGCCACGGUCCCGCCCUGCUGGACGGAGGUGCAACAGGAGCAGCAGCAGCGCAGACAUCCGCAGCACCUGCACCAACAACAGGAGGGCGAUGCCACCAGACACACACGCUCAUGGAGGCUACAGCCUGACAGUUCCAGCUGGGAUGAACACCUGUUUGAGCUGAUCGUACCCAAACCCUGCACCAUCGGCCAUGUGGACGUCAAGUUCUCUCUCUGCCACAACUUCAGCGUCCUCCCUAAAAUACAGGUCACCCUUCUUCGGCAACGUAACAUUGCAGUUACCAACACCAACGGCCCCGCCCUUGACCCUGCCACCAGAAAGCUCCUAACCAAAACUGGGCGGUUGAAAAACAAGGGCGUCAGUGAAGAAGUCUCGAGCUUGGAAAAGCUGUUCGACGACGUGGAAGUGGACCAACCCAUCGAGUUUGAGCUACAGCAGGAGGGAGAGGGGAGAGCAGCAGAGGAGGAAGAUGACGAGCUGAAGCCCCAGUUCCUGGACACACACAAGACAGAUAUCCUGUGCGGGCCCAUCCUGAUGGAGUCUGGGCUAGACCUGACGGGGAACAGUGGCAUCCUGAGUCUGACCAGCCCGGCGCUGCUCAGGAGUAAACACAAGGCCUUCCUCCUGCACAUCAAGGCUCUGGACCCUGAGGAGUCAGCCGGAGAUGCCGUCAAACCUGCCACCAACAAUACUAAAGGUGCAGCAAUAAAGUCCAUUCUUGCAGACAAGGCCCUGAGUGCAGCUGACCGGUUAGCCCAGACUGCACCCAACCAGAAGAAAGUGGAGAAGGUCAAAGGUUGCAACUGGAUCCAGGAGUUGUCCAUCACCAUCAGGAGGUGCAAGAGGACUACCAUACCCAGGGAGAGAACCCAGAGAUGUCUGAUGCUGGAGACACCGUCCUUCUGGGAGCAGCUGGUUUGUUUAGCAACUGGUGAGCAGAAGGAGGCAGAGGCACGGAAAUGGGAUUUCCCAUGUUUUGAGCAUGCUCAGAUUGUGGCACUUGACAUCUUGGCUUGGCUGGCGUCAGUUCAGAUGAACCAGAAAGGGGCGAAACAUGGUCAUGUGAUCACCUGUGUGCAGUCCUACCUUCCCAGCCUGGUCAAGUCCAGCUUCCUGGAGGCCACCCGCAGCGUGGCACACAAGUGCACGCGGCUCAUCGUUCUAUGUCUCGACUAUGCAAAGCAGUCAGGAGACCUGGACCAACUGGCCACGUUCAACGUGGCUCUUCUCCAUGCCCUGUUGGACUGCCUGCCCCUAACCCCUCACGCCGCGUCUGCCGGGGCCCUACACUGGUACUUCACCCUGUUCAACCAUGUCAAGCUGAUGGAUGUGGAUGCCAUCGGCCGGACGUGCGUGUCGCUUCUGUCAGAGCUGUCCGAACAGCUCAACAGCAGGAUGUUACCCCAACACGCACUUCUCAGGGCAAGGUUUGGUCUUUACGGCACGCCGUUUGAGCCAGUGCUGUUUGAUAUCGACCAGUCCAUAGCCAGCAAGGCCGGCACUGGCUCCACCCUGGACGAGCUGCUGGCCAUGGCCGACAACAUCAACAACCCCACGGGCAAGGACAGCGACUCCAACCUGUCGGAGGUGCAGCAGCUGCUGAAGGGCAUGCUGGAGGUGGAGCCACUGCACUUCACCUGCAGUAGCACCAGUGAUGGCACCCGCAUGGAGAAGGCUGACUCAGCUCCGUCCCUCCCCACCACCAGUGGUAUCUCCGUGGUGGCCCCCAUGAGCGGCACAGGCACCACAGCCAUAGCCGGGGAGGGCAACAGCUCCGUGCAGUCUGCCGCAGAGGCCGCGCUGGCGUCACUACAGAAUGCCAUGGCUUCGGCUGAACAGCAGCUGAGCGCACUGCAGCAAAAACAGCAGCACCUCAUCAAACUGCAGCAGCAGAAGCAGAAGCUGGAGCAGAAGCUGCAGGAGUCCAAGAUGGAGGCUAACAUGGGAAACAACAUCAACCCCGCGCCCAUGUUCAGCUACACCACCGAGACGGUCUUUCCUCCGACACCCAAGUCGACCCCCCUCUUCAUGACCCCCCCUCUGACCCCCCCGAAUGAACCACAGUCAGGAGGGCAGAAAGCAAUCUCAGGAUUCGGAACAUUCCUCUCCUCCUUCCCCCUCCCUGAAAAGCCGCCAUCGUAUGCACAGGUCCUGCAGCAGCAAGGAAACAAAAAGUAUCACCACAUCACACUUAUGAAGAACCCUACGCUCGCCUGGCAGGGUGCUGAACCCACACCUCCUCCGCCGCCACCUGAGGGGCGACCGGUGCACGCGGUCAGCACACACCUGUACUACCACCUGCUGCAGCCACCUGUCCCACAGGUGUUGACUAUAGAGAGGAUGCACUCGGGUGCCCGGAGGUUUGCAGUGCUGGAUUUCGGCCGGCAGGUCCUGCUGACUGACAUGGUGAUCCCUGCGUGCGGGGACCUGUCCUCCCUGUCCGUGGACGUGUGGACCCAGGGUGAGGAGGUGGACGGGAGACGUCUGGUCGUGUCUACGGACAUCGGCACACGGUCGCUGGUGCUCACUGACCUCAUGCCACCACCCAUCUGCAGGUUUCUGAAGAUCACAGUGAUUGGCAGGUAUGGCAGUGGCACCACCCGGUCCAAGAUCCCUGUGGGACAGUUCUACGGGCACACCUGCAUCUUCCCCUGGGAGAGAGAGGCAGCCGGGAGUAGUGGUUCCGAGGAGGGACAGGGCCGUGUGGCCAGCGUAGAACAGCAUCUACAGCUACUGGUCGCUCUACAGGAGGACAUACAGUGCAGGUACAGCCUGGCCUGUAACCGACUAGACAGCCUGUUGAACAGCCUGGACCUGCCCCAGACCACCUGGGGCCUGGCCUCCCUCAAGAGGGGCACACCUGAGACGAAGGAGGAAGACGUGAAAGUUCAGCAGGCUUACAAUGACUGCAUACAGCUUCAACUCCAGUCCAACCUGGUACAUCAUGCCAUUGCUCGAAUCAUGAGGGCUUCUGCUGGCCUGCCCACCUACCAUAUCCCUGCAACCAGCAACCUCUCCCAACAACUGAGGAUCUCAUCUACCGACAAACUCAGGGUUCUAUCAGAAUCCCUGUUGGACAUCCUGAUCAGCCUGAGCACCUCUCCCAGCCUCCCGGACACAGACAGUGCAAUAGUGGACUUCUUCCAGCCGGACGUGUGCGAGCGCCUGUUCAAGCACCUGUGUGUGCACGGCAGCCCCACCCUACGGCAGAAGGCGGGCGGGCUCCUGCUGAGGCUGUGCGGGGCGCAGGGCUGGUGGGGGGACUUCCUGGCCAGGGGGCUGCAGGAGCUCUUCAACUCUGAACAGAACGUGCUGUUUCCUCAGGACAGAUUAUUUGUGCUACUGACCAGCCUGGGACAGAAGUCCAUGUCUGUCAGCACAUGUGGGGGGAUUCUGGAGAGCCUGUUGAGCCUGGUGUCCAGGCUACUGGCCCCCCUGCAGAGAGACGGGUCGGGACAGGCGGACGGUGUCGGGGAGGAGCUGGGCACGCUGGACCUGCCACUGAUCAGCUGGGUGCUGCUGUUCCUCUCUAGGAUACUGGACAGCACGGCCAGCAGAGGCAAUGGGGACGAGGAGGACAGCAAUGGCUGCCCUCCCCGCAAGGUCGCCAGGGAGGAUGAGGGAAACAAUUUCCCUUCUCGAUGGGACUUUGUGGGAAAUGAGAUGCAGCCUCCCAACUCCCAGUCCAGCUCCAGCCGCACGGGCGCCACCAAACUGUUGCGCAGGAAGCUGAAGAAAACCCUCCUCCACCAGAAACAGGAGAUCCUUGACUUACAGGCCAAGCAGAAGAUGCUGAUGUCCAGCCUGAAGGGAGGCAGUGAACCCAAGUCCAGCUACGAGAAGAUGCAGCUCAACGUCUUUAAGAAGCAGAUGAAAGCCCAUGCAGAUAAGGUGCAUUUCAAAGACAUCAUGACCCUGAGAAGAACCACCCACCCCAGCCUGUACAGGCAGGAGGAGGAGGGAGUGUCCGACUCGGGGCGGGGCAGCCCGGAGACAGACCUGGUCCUGUGUCAGCUGGGCAGGAAGCAGUGCAUUCCCGUGGUGAGGGGCCUGGUGGCGCUGCUGCUCAACAUGGACUUCACCUGCCACGUGGACCUGUUUCUGGUCAUCUGUAAGGUGAUAGCCCGGAUCGCAGGCGCCACCCGUCCAGCCAUCACCCUGUCGGAGAUGAUGAGUGAGAGGCAGUUGGAACAGCUGCUGCUGCUGUGUGUGGGGUCGGACUACAACAGGGGCAGCAUCUCCUGGGGAGGGCCAUGGGCACACCAUGCCAUCACGUGUCUCAUGAAGGACGUCCUGGAAGGUGAAAGACUGUACCCCAUGACCUGCUCCCCUGGGGUCACCUUAGAAAACACCCCUGAUGAGGACCUGAUGGGGGAGGUGGAGGGGGAGGAGUCACCCCCCUCCCCACCAUCGCCCCCCUCAGAGUCUCCCCCCAGUGUGGAGGAGAAUGGGGAGGGAAUGGACAUAUCAGAGGCCAAACAGGAUCUGCCCAGUGGCUCCACCCCUCCUACAGCUAAUGGUGACGGAUUGCUUGACUUUGUACUUUUCAAGCCUCCAUGCGCCACCAACACGCCCCAGGCAGACAAACAGGAGUCUCCUGGGGACAACUUUGACAAGGACGGAGCCAUGCUGGUGGACUUCCUGCUGGUGGACGAGGAUGAACAUCUGGAGGAGGAGAUCAACGCUGAGCUGAAGAUCCUGUUUCCCAACUACACACCGAGCAAGGUAAAGAAGGUGAAAGGCAGCUUCAACAUGGCUGGUUCACCUAAGUUUGCGAGGAGGGAUACACAGCUGACACUGAACACCCUGGCAACAAGCGCCUCUGGAGAGUCUCUGGGGCAGAAAAGUAUCUCCCUAGCCAUGGACAGCCGGCUGGAGGUGGGAGUGUGGACCAGGGCUGAUGUCCUGCUGAAGAGGAUGGAGUCAGAAGCUGCUGAGUCGUUCCACCAUGUGGUGUCAACACCACUGGUACCAGCUGGUCCCCACCAGCAACCGCUGACAGACGACUCCCUUGCGCAGGACAUGUUUGUCACUCCCCAGUCCACCAUCAGCUCCCCGCUGGUGCUCAGCACCUGCUUCAACCACCUGUUCGGGCAGCUGCAGCUGCAGCGUGUGCAGCUGGACCUGCUACUGCAGCUGUGGCUCACCCUGAAUGAGAACGGGGAGGGCACCUCCUCUGGGUUUGACUCCAGCAAGGUCCCCACCAUCCCACUCAAUGAAGGGUCCAUCAGCAGCCUGUUGUCCUGCCUGUCCUGGUUCCCUAACAUGCCAGUGCGCUCCUGGUGCCUGGCAUGGAACACCCUCAGCCUCAUGGCCAACAUCAGGACCCCAGCCAUGCAGGCCAGCCCUCUGGACACAUCAGACAUCUGGCUGGCCAGUAGCAUCAUCGCAGACAGCAAUAUCAUCCCGGUCGUCAUACGGUUCCUGUCUGGAGCCACUGUGCAGGGGCCACCCACGCCUAGUAGCACAAAUGUUCAGUACGGUCCAACAGUAACUCAGGCGUUUCAAGACUUCCUGGUGAGGCUGCAGUUGCAUAGCAACAUGGACAAGUUCCAGGACCUCAUGCUACGUCUGGUGUACAUUCUUGCCAGUGAUAGGGGAGCGUUCCAGUUGUGCUUGGGGCCGCUGGACACCCAGGUCCACUUCCUAGACUUCAUCCUGGAACAGAACUUUGAGUCAGUAGACACAACCACAGCGAUGGGUGUUAUAGAGUCCAUCUCCUCUCUAGUGUACAGCUACAUCAUGUGUUCAGAGUCAUUAAACUCUCGUAGUCAAUCCGACAACAGUGUUAGCGCUCGCUCGUGCUUCGGCGGCCUGUUUGCAAGUAUAUUACGUCCGGCGGAUGCCAGGUCCUUGGGGGAGGGGAAUCGCGACGUUCUCAUGUGCAAUCUACUCAAGCUGGUCAAGACCUUGGUCAAGAUCCCGCUGCCUCAGUCCAGACUGUUCCAAAUGACCCACAGGACUCCCAGUGUGGGCACGGAGGCAACAGAGGGCGAGAGCAACAGCUCCACGGAGCUCAUCAUACAGACCAACUUUUCAGAACUGAACAGGAAUUCCACAGACUCCAGCAAGCUUGCCACCACACAGUCCCCGGGACUGAACGUCAGCGUCAGCGCGUCUGACGAGGAGAAGUCGGAGUCUGGUGGGACCGGAUCCCCCGAGAAGAACCCGAAGUUCACGUCGUGUUCGCACGUGACGGAGACCCAAGGCUGGGAGAAGAAACAGAAGUGUCUGGCAGACCUGGUCCUGGGUCACUCUAACACCAUGGCCUACCUGCUGUCGGCACUCAGUGGCUGCAAUAGCAACACCAUGGCUAUGAUUAUAGGAAGCAGUGGUCUGCACAUCACCAUGAAUGACAGUUUUGCCACCUCGGACCCCCUGUCAGCUGGGGACGGCAUCUUCAUGAUCCUGUGUGCUCUGAACAACAAGGCCACACAGAUAGAGCUGGUGCUGCAACCAAUACUGCAGUACAUGUCCUGUGGGUUCAGCACACAACAAGGUUCCCUAACCAUGUGUCAGCUGUCUGAGCCGUUGCUGUGGUACAUCCUCCGUGUGCUGGACUGUGAGAAGUCCAUCCGGGCUUUCAACGACCUGGGUGGCAUCCAGGUGAUCUGUACUAACCUUGUACGGUCCAACCGGUCAGCCAUCAACACCAACCCCAGCCUGGUGUCCACCAUCAUGCGCUUCCUGGACAGUGGGAAGAGUCUGAAGGCCCCUCCCCUGGCCCGGCCAGUGGCUAACACUGACAUGGACAAUAUGGAAGGCCUGCACAACUUUGCACCUCUGGGCUCCAUCACCUGCAGCAGCCCGUCCACCCAGCCCCCUGACGUCCUGAUCCAGGCAGCCCCUCCGCACCGCAGGGCCCGCUCCGCCGCGUGGUCCUACCACUUCAUCCCGGACGAGGUCUGGUGCAACCUGACCAUCAACCUGCCAGUCGCCAUCUUACUGAAGGAGGUGCACAUACAGCCCCAUGCCACCUCACUAGCAACGUCCCCGUCGGCUGUGUGUGUGGAGGUGAGUCGUGACGGCUCUUCCUUCCUGCCCGUCAGCAGCCCUGUCUCCACCAGCGGCCUCACCUUCAUCAAACUGGUGCUGCAGAAGACAGAGAUCGCCACGGCCAUCUGCCUAAGGUUGAGACGGCCAAGGGACUCCUCCUCGAUAGGCCUGUCCCAGAUCCUGCUGUUUGGGCUCACGGCCUUUGGAAACACAGCAACCACCCUGGUCAACAACCCAUUUGUACCUACGGAAGAUGCAGUGUCCAAAUCAAGUGUUGGCUGGCUGAGGCUCCUGCACCACACCCUGACACAUGUGCAGGAUAUCGAGGGUCUGAUAGCCACGGCCGCAGCCCCCACCCCCAGCCUGACGACCACCUGUGUGGCCCUGCUGCUGUCCCCACAUGCUGGGGUGUACGCCUGUAACAUCGAGGCUGUGCUGCUGAAGAUUGGUCUACAUUCCACAGAGAUGGGUCUGGCCCUUAUAGACAUCCUACUGAGGAACAACUCCUGCUUCCAGACUGAACAUGAGUCCCCUCCAAGUUUGUUAGGCAGACAGAAUGGCAUCUCCUCAGACUCCACAGUAGACAUUGUGUACCAGCUGGGUAUGACACAAGACCCUGGAACAGAGCACAGAGUACAAGCCUUGCUGUCUUGGCUGGGUGACACAGCUCGAGUAGCCCUGAGAAGACACAGCUGUAUGUCCUUCCGUGGGUCCAUGGCCACCCUGAGUAGUGUGGAGCAGGUCCUGAGUACACCAUCGCCGGCACACAUCCACUGUGUGGCCGCCAUUGUGUGGGCCAGCUAUGAGCUGCCUGUACAGUAUAAUCUGCUGGACAUCCUCUCACAAGAUUUCCUCAGUUCCAUCUACGAGUGGUCCAUGGUGCUGGAUCUGGGCUCCCCCCUGAAGAAGUCGGUGGACUCCCUGAUCUGCUCGGUGUGCCACGUGAACCCGCGCUACUUCACCAUGCUGCUGGAGUGGAUGGGCAUCUCCCUCAACAUGGCCGCCUCCAGCGCAAACUCCACGGACGACAACAAGGACAGGAACGCCUCCAUCUCUGACGACACCAAGGAGGCUCACCAGGAGCACUUCGACAGCCCCUUGCCGUCCAUCCCCGUGCAGGACUUCAGCCACCUGGUGCUGGACGAGAGCCACCUGAACACGCUAGCGUUCGCGUGCCAGGCCCCAAAAGCCGUCACCCAGCUGCUGGACUCAGGCUUCCCGGCCAUGCUGGCGCAGGGCCUGUACGAGUUCUGCACCAGGGAGAUCCAGAGGUGCCUACAGCAGGACGAGGAGCCCACGUCCCCUCGCAGGGACCCCAACACCCUGUGCAUCACCACGGACCUGGUGGCUCCCGUCCUCAACUUCCUGGCGAGUGUGGCGAUGGACAACGUGAUGAAGGACUGGCUGGGCGGCGUCCAGGGGAACAUCUUCUGGCCGUGCCUCCUGUCCAUGCUAUGCAACACUGCCCCUCCCUCCCCUGCUGUUCAGUAUUCCGCGUCCUCCAGCGCAUCCUCGCAGAGGACGUCCACCAACAUGCUAGGUGGGCAGCACAGGACUGCCAUUGAGAAUGCCACCAUAGCAUUCUUCACCGCGGUGAUGUCUUGCCACAAGGAGAACCAGCAGCUGGUGUCGACCGUGAUGUGCAGCGUCAUCAGAAACCGUAGCGAGAUGAUACAGAGCCUCCCUGCGAGGGGCCACGGCACUCACAACCUGGUCAUCUCAGGGUUCACUCGGAGGUUGUUCCUGCAGCUGAUGCUGGAGGAUGAGAAGAUCACAGUCUUCAUCCACUCCCCCUGCCAGCUCUACAAGGGCAAGUCCAACGCCACGGCAGGCAUCAUCCAGCACCCCAUGUACGGGGCGGGGCACAAGUUCCGCACCAUCAGCGCCAAGCUGUCCUCCACCUGCAGCGAGGUGCUCUCUCUGGUCUCAGACACGCCGUCUCUAACGCAGAAACUCCUGGAAACCCGCGAGGAGAAGAUCAAGGUGGACGAGGAGGUCAGCAAGUCCAAGAAGAAGGAAGGGGGGGCGCAGGGAGAGAGCAGCUCCGCGGAGAGCACGGAGAACGGAGUGGAGGGGGUGGAGACCGUCACGCUGGCUGCAGGUCAGAUGUUUGCCAAAGGCUUGAAGUCUAAAGCUAAGAGGUCUGACACAAAGAAGGCUACCCCUCCCCGACCACCUACCCGAAGGGGCCGCAACCCUCCCCCCACGUCUGAUAAGCCAUCGUCAUCGCUGUCGGCAACCAUGAACAUCCCUGUCUUGUCUCUGUAUCACAAGCUGCUGCCAGGCCAGCCCCUUCCAUCCGACAUGACCCUGUCCCAGCUGGUGGUGCUGCUACAGGAGCGCGGCAUGCCGCAGGGCUAUCCCUCCCUCGACUUCACCAUGAAACUGUCUGCCAAGAAGGUCCCAACCGUCAAGACGGACAACAGCAAGAAGCUCAAAACAGAGAAAGACUCAGAACCGGAGGGUGAGGGCAGCCAGGCACCCCUGGACCUGAACUCCUUCCCCAACGCGUUUGAGGAGAAGGAGCCGAAGGAGACACCUGUGGAGCUGAUACCUGAGGAGAUCCUCCUGGGAACAACCCACCUGCCGUCUCCGCUCCAGGUGUUUGCUGGCAUGGGCGGGCUGGCUCUCAUCGCAGAACAUCUACCUCUGCUGUACCCGGAAAUCACCAGACAGGUCCAGACACCCUGUGUGGGAUCAGGCUCUGAAAAGCUUGGUGACAGUGACAAGGAGUAUCCCAUGGAGUGGGUAGCAGUGGAUCAAACUGGGGAGCUCACUUAUGAGAUCCCUGAGCAGGUGACUGUGACUGGGUCAGACACCAGUAAACCGUCAGCCCCCAGGCCAAGUGCCCGGGCACCCCCCGCAAUCCCUCCCCACUCUCUGGCUGCCUUUGGACUGUUCCUGCGGUUGCCAGGUUAUGCUGAGGUUCUGCUGAAGGAGAGGAAGAGAGCUCAGUUUUUACUGAGGCUGGUGUUGGGAGUCAUGGAUGAUGGAGAUGGAGGUCACAUCCUGUCGUCCCCCAUCGCCACCUCCCUGCCCACCCUUCCCUUCUCGGUGCUGAAGCAGCUGUUCGACUCUGCUCCGCUCACCACGGACGAUGGUGUGCUGCUGCGGAGGAUGACCCUGGAGAUCGGAGCGCUGCACCUUAUACUGGCCUGCCUGUCUGUACUCAGCCAUCACGAGCCCAGGGUGCAGGUUACAGGCCUGGCCCAACCUGAGACCUCUACUGGACAGAAUGGGGAAAAGUCCAGUGAAAAGCCGAAUAACGGCAAGAUCUUCCCGACAGCGCAGGAGACCACAGCCCCGGAGACAGGUCAGGAGAAGGGCCAGCUAUACUGGGCGAAAGGUACGGGGUUUGGGACGGGGUCAACAACCUCAGGCUGGGACGUGGAGCAGGCACUGACUCGUCAGCGUAUGGAGGAAGAACAUGUUACCUGUCUGCUACAGGUCCUUGCCAGCUACAUCAACCCUGGAGGAAACGUCCCAGAGGAGGAUGGAGAGGAGGGAGGACAGGUGGAGAUGUUGUCUGUACAGCAGACUGCCCUCCCCACCAUCAUCCCAGAGUUACUCAGUCACUCCUGUCUCAUCCCAGCUCUCUCGUCCUACCUCCGCAAUGACUCAGUUCUGGACAUGGCGAGGCACGUGCCGCUGUACCGGGCAGUGUUGGAGCUGCUGCGGGCGCUGGCCAUCUCCCGCCACCUGGUGCACCUGCUGCUGCCCCUCCCGCAGCCGCAGCAGCUGGGCGGUGAGCCAGACGGCGAGGAGCCUCCCGUCUCCGUCAGCAGGCUGCUGGAGAAGAUGAAGCAGUGUGUGGACACCUACGCCAAGACUCUCAGGAACAACAAGGAGAAAAAAGGGAAGAACACCAAGCCCGAGGAUGACAGUGAGUCGGAGGGUCUGGCCCUGCUCAUCCCUGAUAUCCAGCAUACAGCCAUCCUGGUGCACAAAACUACAUCCCAGCUCCUGGCACAGCUCAAAGGCUCAGCUGCAGGGUCCAGUGAGGAGGAGAAGAGGAGAGCCAUGAUGGCCACAGCCACGCCUGAUGCCAAGUACAUGUCCAUCAUGAAGGACCUGCAGUUUGACACCUACCUGAUCACAUCAGAAGACGAUGAUGGCAAGAUCCAGUUCAACAUGGGUUUCCACUUUGCCUCCAACGUGAAGGCGGCGGGAGAUGUGAGUAACCCGCGGCGCGCCCGUCGGCUGGCUCAGGAGGCCGUGACUCUGUCCACCUCCCUCCCGCUGUCCGCCAGCUCCAGCGUGUUCGUGAGGUGUGACGAGGACAGGCUGGACAUCAUGAAGGUGUUGAUAACAGGCCCCUCAGACACGCCCUACGCCAACGGCUGCUUCGAGUUUGACGUGUACUUCCCACAGGACUACCCCAACUCCCCCAUGUUGGUCAACCUGGAGACCACGGGACACCACUCCGUCAGGUUCAACCCUAACCUGUACAACGAUGGCAAGGUUUGCCUGUCUGUACUGAACACCUGGCAUGGCCGGCCUGAGGAGAAGUGGAACUCACAGACAUCCAGCUUCCUACAGGUCCUGGUGUCCAUCCAGUCCCUGAUCCUGGUCUCUGAGCCGUACUUCAACGAGCCUGGCUAUGAGAGGUCCAGAGGGACCCCGUCUGGGAUGCAGAGUUCCCGCGAGUACGACGCCAACAUCCGCCAGGCAACCGUCAAGUGGGCGAUGUUAGAGCAGCUCCGCAACCCUUCACCAUGCUUCAAGGAUGUGAUCCAAAAGCACUUCUGGCUGAAGCGUGUGGAGGUGCUGGGCCAGUGUGAGGAGUGGAUCUCUGACAUCGAGACGUACACCAGCGACAAGAGGGUGGGACGAACCAUGGCACAUCAUGCAGCAGCUCUCAGGAGACACACGGCGCAGCUGAGGGAAGAACUGAUGAAGAUGAAGCCACCAACAGAUCUGGAGGAUGGCGCAGCCUCCAAGGACACUGAGCCGAACGAUGAAGAAAACACAGAGAAGACCAACAACGAUGACACAGCAGAGGGAGUGGAUUCCUCCACCACCAACUCAGAUGAACAGAGCAAAGAUGUAACAGAUGGAGGACAGGCUACUGUAAGCAUGGGAAGGAAGAUAAGUCUGGACGGGGAAGGGCAGAGUGGCAAUAGCACAGAUGGACAGAGUAGCACCAGUACAGAGGGACAGACAAGCAGCAUUACGGACGAACAGACCAGCACCAGCACAGAGGAACAAACCAACAGCAGCACAGACAGCCAGACAGGUGUAGUCACAGAAGCACCAACAGCAGGUGCCAGCCUGAAGGACCAGCACUGAUGGCCACCCCUGUACAGAGGCUUGGACUGCUCUACUAGUAUUGUAAUAACCAUCCUAGGUUGUUGGUAAUGAGACAUAUGUUUAACAACAAUGCUGCAGGAAAGAAAUGGACGGAAACGAGAUGUUGCAACUUGAAAUGCUGCUGGUAAUUGUUUAUGCAGAAAAUGAUGGCUGGAAGUGGGGGAUAAAGGAACUUCUUGUACUGGUAAUAAGCAUGGUAGAGCAAUGUAGGAACAAAAAAAAUAAGAGACAAUGAAGUACAAUGGAUACAUUAUAUACAUGAUUAAAUCCUGACUCUUUCAAGAACUCAGACCUCCUGUAUUUGGUAUGGAUCAUCUUGUAACUCGGUGGUUGUCAAGUUUUCCUAAGUCCACUCUUACAAGCUACUGGUGGAAAAACUUGUUUUUAAGUUCUUGUAAUUCACAGAACUCAGAAAGGGAAGUAACUAUGUAAUUACUUAAGCCUCCCAGUGAAUGGUUUGAUUACACUGGGGUGCUUUUGGACAUUGCUUUUCAUUGAAAGUAUAAAGGUUGGCAAGCACUUUGGUAAUGCCGACACUGUAGCCGUAUAUUACAAUGAUAUGAGUAAUGUUUUGUUUGUCCAUAUAUGAUCAGUAACAUUCAAUAUGUAUAAUUGCAUCAUAUACAUAACAAAGCAUGUUACAUAUCCUGUCCAGAUCAACAUGUACAAUGAUCAGGACUGAUAUGAGAGAAACUAUUGUUUGGCCAUAUUGCAUUAUAACAUUAAAAGGCACUCUGAUGGUGUACAAAAUGUGUUGCACACUAUCCUAUGAACCUUCUUUGUAAUAUGUGUCUGCAAAGUGCAUAGAUCUUCAAUUUGUGAAAAAGAACUCUUGUGAUACUUUUCGUACGACAUGGCGUACAUGUAUGCUCGUUGCACGAUAUUGUUCUUGUAAAAUCCAUUACAUAAUAUUGUACCAUGUGUAAAGAAUGUUGUCUGUACUUGGUGCAGAGCUAAGGCUCAUCCUGUUGGAGCAAUGCAAGGCAUUUCUAUCCUUCUAUAAGGAAGGGAUAAUCACAUGUAAAUAUAUGAAGUUGUUUGAUUUAGUUUGUUGUUCAUUAGUUGUUCGAGUAAGUGUGGAAUGUGAAGCAAGGAAGGAAGAAAGCAUUCUUAUUAUAUAAAGAUUAUGUGUUAAGCAAGAAUAAUGUACUGUAUCAUACCAAACGAUCAGGGAUAUGACAUUAUCUGACAGAAUUCUGCCUAUUUUAUGAAUGCCAUUGUUGCAAAGCAAAUUAUAGAAUUGUAACUUGGAACACUUAUAUAUACAUGAACCAACUGCUGCACGAUGACUAGGAUGCUAUUAGUACUAACUCGUGCAUUCUUCCAUAUGGGAAGAUGUAAAGGUUUGACUGUGUAUGGGGAGAACUAAAGGAAGGGUGGAACGUUGACGGCACCAAAGGGCAGGGGAUUGGUGCUAGACGACAUUGUGUGUGAGUUUGUGUCACUUUGUGGUGUUGUACAAGCGUAACAAUGGUGUUUCAGAACUAGUCGUAGUCCAUCCAAACAGUAUGAUUACUAGUUCAUCAGGCAUCUGUAUUAUGUUCAACAUGGCUUCUCUCGGAUGUAACUCUGGCAUAACUGACUUGUAAGAAUAUGACAAAACGGUGCCAGAGAAUUUGCUUUCUUGAUACUGAUAUACAUACAGGACAUGUACAUUGGCUCUAUAUGAUAUAGCAAUGUCUGCAUUCCAUGUACAUUGUAUGCAGACCUGGUGGGUUGUACCAGGGACUCCUUUAGACCAGUUGGUUCUUUUCUGUUGACUUUCUGUUGCUUUUUAGAUGGAUUGGGAUGUAAUUACAAAAUAAAACAACUUGACAAGA